AUGUCGUCAUUCGACUAUAAAUACAGGUUAACACCUGGUGCCAUCAAGGAGGCGGUGCUUUCCACCUUUCAGUCAGAUAUUUCAGAUUCCUCACCCAAAAAUUCAAGCGAAUCCCUAUCACCGACAAGUUCACAAAACGAAACAAUAGUUUUCAGAGAAAAAUGCCAAUAUUGCAUAAUUUCUAGGUCAAUUUUAGGGGUUUUAACUCUGACAAGGGAGUCCCUGACCUUUGAGCCAGACAUUAGAGAUGUAAACGUAGACGAACACGGUCAAGGAUAUUAUCAAAUUCAUGUAGAUAUGGAGAAUAUUCUGGAGUGUGGCUGUAUUGGUGGACCAUCGCAAGAGCUGCUAGGAUUGGAGGAUAUGCGAUGUAACGGCUUCUUACAAGUAGUACUUAGGCAGUUUUCAGAUAGUUUCGACCUGUUGUACCAGUCUAGCGGCUCAAGUUUCGAAUCUGCAUAUCAAGAACCAAUACAGGAAAGGAGUAAAAAGUCGAUGGGAUUUAAUUUUUCAAAAAUAGGUUCAGCCAUAUUUUCGGUUUUACCAGGCACCAAAGGAAGGAACAGCAAGCUUUUCAAAAGGAGCCACUCACAUGUCUCGAUUCUAUUUGGCUUUUUUAAUAAGGAAUUGGCUUAUAUGUGCACAAACAAACUCAUGGCACUUUUGGAUAUGUGCAACAAUUCGACACCAUCCUCAGACCGAUCUAGAAUCAUUCGGAUCCCAUUUUCAAGUAAUAGCUUAAUAGAAAGUUGGAAUAAUCUAACGGAUACAGCUGAGGAAUUGGACGAACCAAACGACAAAUACGUAAAUUUUGAACACUUCAGUGCCGUUGGAAACCGAAGCAAAAUUCUCACAUUUGAUAUGGUUAAGAACCUAAACUCAUACCUUCCGGCAAGCAUUGCAAUUAGGGAGUGGAUUCUAAGCUUCGAAACUGUACACGACGGAAUUAGCUACCACACAUUCUACAAGAAUCUCGAAAAUAAGGAUAACUGUAUAAUAGUAAUAGAAGAUUCAAAAGGUGGAGUUUUUGGCGCCUUCACACCCCAAAUCAGGUAUAACCUCAGGUUUUAUGGUUCAGGAGAAACUUUCGUGUUUAAAUUUCAAAAGGGGAACCUAAAAGUUUUUAAAUCUCAAGGCAAAAAUAGGUGUUUUAUUUAUUCAAGUGAUCACUCAGUGAUCAUUGGAGGAGGAAAUAACCCGGCCAUUACCAUCGGUCGCGCUUUCAAGGUCGGAACAACAGCCCACAGCGAAACAUUUGAUAAUGAACCCCUUUCAGAGGAUUACCAUUUUGAAAUCAAACACAUGGAAGUUUGGACUUUCGGAGGCUUCCUUACAUCGUAA